CAGGAGAUUCAGAAUGUGCCCAUUGACAUCCAGACCAGCAAACUGCUGGACUGGUUGGUGGAUAGAAGGCAUUGCGAUCUCAAGUGGCAGAACAAAGUACAUAAGAUCAGAGAGAAGAUUAAUCAAGCAUUGCAGGACAUGCCGGAACAUGAGGAUAUCAGGAAUCUGCUGUCCGGAACAUAUAUUAAUUACUUCCACUGUUUGAAGAUUGUGGAGAUAUUGAAGGGCACAGAAGCUGCCACUAAGAACCUCUUUGGACGAUACUCUUCACAAAGAAUGAAGGACUGGCAGGAGGUGAUAUCUUUAUACCAGGUUGAUAAUACAUAUCUGGCGGAGAGCGGCAGCCUUUGAUGCGCAGUGUGAGUUACGAGAUUCCAGCUCUGAAGAAGCAGAUGGCUCGGUGUCAGCAGCUUUCUUUGGAGACUGAACGGCGGGCAGAAGAGUGUGUACAAGGAGCAGCUGAGCAAAGAGAGCAGUAUUAUAGCAGCUGCAAGCGCUAUGGCAUCACUGGAGAGGACGUCCGUAAAGAACUUCAGAUGUUAGUGUGUGAUGUGCCAUCAUUGCUAAGGCAGGUUGGAGCAGACACAGCAGGAUUGUUACCUGCAGUCGAGUUAUAUCAGGCUUGUGUGUCAUUUGUGUGUGAAAGUUCUCCUGAGGAGUCUCUCCCACUUCUUCGCUAUGUGCAAAAGAAGGGAGAUACUACAGUUUAUGAAUGGCGCACUGAAGAGGUUCCACAAACUGUAGAAAGACCAGAAGUUCAAGAAACUGAGGACAUUUCACAGCAUGUAGUAGAGGGAGAGAUUGACUGGGGUGCAAUUGGACUAACUACAGAGACUGUGGCUCCGCAGAUGUCAGAGAAAGUAGACUGGGGCAUUGUUUCAGAGCCAGAGGGUACAGAUGGCAUUGUAUGGGACAUUACUGAAACCUCUCCUUCUGAAAUCAUCUCUGUUGUGGAAGCUGGUCAUGAUGUACCUGUUGGUGUGGCACGAGGAACUGAUGCUCUUACAGUUCUGGAAAAUACAGAGACCCGAAUCCAGUUUGUGGAUGAACUCAUGGAGCUCGAGCUUUUCCUGUCUCAGUGGCUCCAAGAUUUAGAUAGUGAUGCUGACAUUGUAACAGUCACACAGUUCCAGACUGCUCCAGUCAUCCUGCAGGGACAGACCCGGGGGAAAGUGAUCGCAAUGUUGUCACAUGUUAGAGAUCUAAUUGGCAGGUUAACAGAUGUGAGAAUGCGACAUCUUUUUCUCAUUCUGGCCUCGCCGCGGUAUGUGGAUAGAGUUAUUGAUUUAUUGCGGCAGCGACUUAAGCAAGCAGAACUCUUGGAGAGAAAGAGGGAAGCAUGGUUGGAGAGAGGAAAGUCAUCCCUUGAGGAGAGGGAAAGCUUGGAGCCUAAGCUACAAGUCCUUCAGGAGAGAAGCCGUGAACUCCAGAGGCAGAUUGAAGCAGAACUCUCGCGGAGAUAUAACAACCGCCCUGUGAAACUAAUUGGCACUGGACUUUGA